AUGGAAAUAAUUAACACGCCUGCCAAGCCAUGGUUCGAUUGGCUCUUGCAAGGGAAAGUUGAUCCUGGGAAAGUCCCACUCGGCCUUUUGUACAAGUAUGGGGGAGUCUACAUUGAUACUGACGUAAUAGUUCUGAGAAGCUUUGAUGGUCUAAAGAAUGCCAUUCGAGUGCAGUCCGUCUACUCCAAGACCGGUAACUGGAGCCGGUUGAACAAUGCUGUAAUGGUAUUUGAUGAGAAGCAUCCACUUCUCUAUAAAUUCAUAGAGGAGUUUGCGAGGACCUUUAAUGGGAGCAAGUGGGGUCACAAUGGACCUUACCUUGUUUCAAGGGUGGUCUCAAAGAUCGCAGGGAGGCCUAGGUUUGAAUUCAGAGUAUUGCCGUCGGAGGCAUUCUAUCCGGUGGAUUGGCAAAGGAUAUGGGGGCUGUUUCAGGAGCUGAGGAAUGGGAGCCAUUGGAAGUGGAUUGUGGAAAGGCAUGAUUUGAUUCACAGACGGUGCUUUGCGCUGCAUCUUUGGAACCUGAAGAGCAGGAGAAUUAAGGUUGAGGAAGGGAGCAUCAUUGGAAGGAUAGUGUCCGAAUAUUGGUUGUUCUGCAAUUCUUCAGUUAAUGUGAUGUAA